AUUUUACUCCAUGAUCCCAUCAAGCAACAUUAUAAAAGAUCAAAUGAUGCAUUUUUUACACUUUCACCUACUGUUGCAUUUAUAUAUUUUAUAUAUCAUAAAAUAUUUCAAAAUAACUUGGAGAUAAUCAAUUUAGAUGUUGACAAUAGGUGGGACAAAUUUUCGGAAUCACCAGCUGCAAAAUCAAUUCUUAAAUCUGUGGAAUUUGUUAAAUACAUUUGGAAUUAUUUUUAUAUCGAGAUACCUUCCAUAAUUCAUGAUUACAGAACUUAUAAAGGAGAACGC